AUGGAAGAGGACUACUGGCGUCAGAAAGCAGCAAUUAAAUGGAUGGCAGAAGGAGAGAGGAAUACAAAGUUUUUCCAUGGAUGGGUGAAGCAGAAGAGAAUCAAAUCAAGGAUCCAUAUGAUUGAAGAAAAUUAUCAGAUCCUCACGGAAGACAUGGAUAUCAGACACUCGGCUGAAAAUUUCUUCAAAAACCUGCUAUCUGACGAUGUCGGGUGUAUUGAGGAACCGGAUCUGGAUAUCCUUGAAUCCCUACCUGCCCAUGUGAACAUGGACCUGUUGGAGAGAACACCUUCAGAGGAAGAGAUAAAGCAGAUUGUGUUUAGCCUUAAUGCUGAAGGUGCUGCAGGCCCGGAUGGUUACUCUGCGUUAUUCUUUCAAGCUUGCUGGGAGAUUAUCAAGGCUGACGUGGUUGAUGCGGUGCGGGAUUUCUUUGCAGGAUCUCAGAUUCCGAGAGGCAUUGCAGCUACCCUUAUUGUGCUCAUUUCGAAGAAGAAAAAUCCUACAAGAUGGGCUGAAUUCAGGCCAAUCAGCCUGUGCAACGUUAUAAAUAAAAUAAUAUCCAAGCUUCUCACCUCUCGGAUGGCUCCUCUCUUGCCUAUGCUUACGGCCCCAAAUCAGAGUGGUUUUAUUAGAGGCCGGCUGAUAAGUGACAAUGUGCUCUUAGCGAAAGAGCUAUUUCAUGAACUUUGGAAGGGAGUGACGUCACCAAAUAUGGUUCUUAAAUUGGAUAUGGAAAAAGCAUACGAUCGAGUUCAGUGGCCAUUUUUACUUAAGGUUUUAAAGAAGAUGGGAUUUUCAAAUAAGUGGGUUGGUCUGAUUGAAAACUGCAUCUCCCCAUGCUGGUUCUCGAUUCUAAUUAAUGGGAGUGUAGCCGGCUUCUUCAAGUCGUCGCGGAGCCUCAGACAAGGAGAUCCUAUCUCUCCAUCUCUUUUUAUUCUGGCUGCAGACUAUCUUUCGAGGCUUCUUGACCGCCUCAUCCUCGGGCGUAAGGAGAUGAGUUCGACAGUGUUAGAACUGGUGGAAUGCCUACAAUCCUAUAAGAAGGUCUCGGGUCAGAAGGUUUUGGAUCCUACCAAGGGAGCCUUAAGGCAGAUUGAGCAGGUAUUGGCCCGGUUUUUGUGGGGAUCUUGCAACACCUCAAGGAAAACGCAUUGGGUUAAAUGGCAGCAGGUGUGUCUGCCGAUAGAGGAGGGCGGUGUGGGGAUUCGAGGCUUGGCGGAUGUGAUAGAGGCGUUUAGCAUUAAGUUAUGCCCGAUGUGGAGACGGUUGUUUAAGGUGGGAAGCUUAUGCCGGGAACAGGUUAGAUGGGUACUUGGGAAUGGGGACAUCAACUUUUGGCAUGAUACGUGGGUGAUGAAUACACCCCUUGCGGAUCUGUGCAACCUAGGCUCGGACAACCUGAAGUUAAAGAUCAAUGAAUUAUGGCUGGGUGAGCAGUGGAAUGAGAGAGAGCUGUGGUUACUGGCAGAAAGGACGGGACUGCCGGAGGAGAUCGUUGAGAAGAUUCUACAAAUCCCUUUUGAUAGAGGGGGCAGAGACAAAGGAAGAUGGAAGUUAACCAGAAAUGGGGAAUUUACUGUAGCGUCUGCAUGGAAUCUUGUGCGGAACAGAGAAAGAAAUGAAAAUGUCCAUAGAGAUAAGGUGUUUGAGGUGGAGAAUAUAAUCAAGAGUGUUAAUAUGAAGUUGAGACACUUGGUGUUAGCCAAGUUGUUAGGGCCUGACCAGUGGAGAGAGUGUAGGCCGCUGUUGGACGUGAUGUCUGGCAUGGUCUCGGAGGUGCGCAGGAGGAAGGUGGGCAGGGUGCAAUGGAGGCCGCCGGACUUGUUUUGGAUAAAAAUCAAUGUGGAUGGAGCUUUUAGGCAGCUGACUCAGAAGGCGGGUGCUGGAGGGGUUCUGAGAGAUAGUGAGGGGGAGAUUCUUGCUGCCUUUUCUGCAGGUUUUGAAGCUGGGUCGGGGCUGGAGGCUGAAGUUUUGGCUCUACUGACUGGCGUGAUUCUUGCGAAGCAAUAUGGCAAUAGAAUUUGGAUAGAAGCUGAUGCGAGUGCAAUGGUCCGUUGGUUAUCCUCUGAUCAGUUAGGACCGACUGAUAUCUGUGUUGAAUUGGCGAAAGGGAACUAG